UCUCUUUGUUUCUACGACUCCCUGGGAUCCUCCUCCUCCAGAUCCACGAAAUUUCCCCCCGAAUCUAGGUCGUCAUGGGGCCUCUAAGAGGACACGUAUAAUGGAAGAAGCGUUCGGAUCUGAUCCGGAUUAUCAGGCAAGCUCCCCGGAAGAGGCUGAAGAACCUAUUGCUCGUCUUGACAAGGGCAAAGGUAUAGCUGGCGAAUCCUCGCGUGGCGGUGGUUCUCGUGCAAGAGAAACUUGGUCGAAGCAUGCCGCGGAUGUUCCCCCAGAGCGACGGAGGAUGUUCAUGAGCAAGUUUUGUAUUGCAGAGCGUUAUGUCAACUUCAAUCAUCUUAUACAUGACGUUCCUGACUUUGGGCGGUUACUUCAGCGGGUUCCUAUUGAGCCAGUUGGUAGGGUUCCUGCUCGAGCUCCUUUUUAUGUGGAACUCAUUCGUGAGUUCUAUAUGAAUGGGAAGGUACUUGCAGAAGAUGAGGAGACCGGGACUUUUCUAUUUGAGACAUUCGUGCAUCAGCAGAAGGUUGUCGUUACCCAAUAUACUAUUGGAGAGCUUUUGGGGAUGAAUGUGGACACUACGGGUCUUCUUUAUACAUCAGGAGGAUUUCAAUCAUCAUCUCACUGGGAUACAGUUGUAGCAGCUAUCUGCAAAGCUGGAGUGCAGACUAAUCGUGCUUAUGUAGAGUCCAAGGAUUUGCGACCAGAGUAUCAUCUACUGUCCUUGGUCUUGAGCUACAAUGUGCAACCAACGAUUGGAACAAAAAGGAUUCGUUGGGAUCGUUUGCUUUUACUGCAUCUACUUGGUCACCCGGAGCAAGCAUAUGGAUUGAACAUCAACAUUCCAUUUCUGAUGUAGCAGCGGAUGGUUCAUGACAUUCAGGCUUCUGCCCGACGGGAUCUACUUCCAUUUCCUCUUUUGAUCACGAGGAUUUUGCAGGACAAUGGAGUGGAUGUUUCUUGCGAGAAGUAUGAUUUUGGUCUUGGUCCAAUCGAUGCUGUUACCUGGGCCAAGUCGGUUAGCACGCUAAAGACUUUUUAGAAAACAAAAGGACCAUCGCUAACAGCUCCUAGCCAGGCACCUCCACCACGCGCAGAGCGUGAAGGAUCUUCCAGUUCAGGGGGAGAAUCACUUCGCUAUGAAGUGCAAUCUUUAAAGAAGAAAGUGCAGAUCUUGCUAGGAAGGUGGAAGUAGGUAUGAAGAGGAUGAUGGACAAAUUGGGAUGUAGACAUGAUGAUAUUUUUCCUACUCAGCCUGUCUAUACGAGGUAUACUUCGCGACAUCCUCUUAUUCCUCCACCUACUGGAGCUUCGGAUGCGGGAGGUUCUGGAGCUGGCGCUGGAGCUGACGAUGAUGACGACGAGGACACGAAGUGAUUUCUUCUUCGAGCUUGGUCUUUCUACUUCACUGUGUUUGCUGUUUAGGAAAAUGUUUUAGUUUAGUUUUGCUUGCUUAUCUUUC